AUAUGAAAAAUCCCACAACUGGGCAUCUGUUUUUAACAAAACCAGAUUAGUAAAACAUGUUUUAAAUAUUGAUAAAGGGUUUAUAACACAAUGGCAUUUCUAGGCUGACUUUGUAUUGGAUUGGACGAAGAAAAAUCAUCGUCAGACAGUCACAACUCAGCUAUCACGUGCAUACAAUGCGUUUCAUUACAUGUUGCACCGGAAAUACAUAGAAUAUGCAACACAUGAGGAGGCAUUAGUUAAUGGAGGUUCAAUGGUAGAUAGGCCAGUUUGGGAGUGGUUAUGCAGUCGGUGGGCUAGUGUUGAAUUCAAGGUACGUAUUAAAGACUGUCAAAACCGGAAUGAGAAUAAGAUGUACAGCUUGUUACUAAAUUCCUUUGUCUGAAAUUUGUGGGUUUCUAUAUAGCUAAAACAGAACAUAGAUGAUGUCUUAUUAAUCACCGAGAUGUUUUGAUGCCUUGUCAGUUUCAAUUUGUGUUUUGUUUUAGAAAAUGUCCACUCAAAACAAAGAGAAUAGGCGUAAACAAAGGGUCAACCACACAAGCGGAAGGACAUCGUUUGUUGUACUAAUGGAAAGAAGGAAGGACCGGAAUCUAAUUGAUUUCUACAAGGAUGCGCACUGGUCAAAUAAAAAGGGCAGAUUCAUCACACCAACCACGAAAGAGAAUUAUAAUCAAAUGGUUGAAUUGAUGAAUGCAAAAGAACCAGAGUAUCGCACUGAUGAAGCAGUAGCAACCAUUUUUAGGGAGGUUCUGGGACAUAGGUCUGGCUAUUCUAGAGGGCUGGACCACUCUGUUAUGCCGGAAUCAUCUAUAGUUCCUGGAGUGACCAAUGUAGAGUAUGAACGCCUUGCUAAGGAAAAUAAACAGAAUCUGAAAAAUGCUGAGUAUUACAAAAAUCGGAUGCUUGAUAUUGAAGGUGGUUUCGCUGGCUAUGAGGGACCAUAUGCAGGAGUAUGA